AUGGCCUGGCUAGACGGAAAGCUAUCGUUCGGUAUCUGGUGGGGCCGCAAGCCUGCCACUGCGAAUGCGGGCAACAGCCAUAGCCGCAGCAAUCAUGGCGGCCAUCGCCAGCGCCCGCCAUUAUGCCCGCCUCGCAUCUCCAACGACGAGCAACAUGUACGCGCGUGGGAGAGGUUUCGGCGGCGCCAGCGCCGAACGUGGUGGAUGUGGGUUCUCUUCUGGAGUCUCUUUGUCGCGGGGGGAUGCGUUCUCGCGUUUCUCGCGUGGGCAAUGGGCGGGCUCGACGGCGACGCGACGCGGAGGCUACUGGCGCGGGCGACGGGGUGGUUCAACAGCGAUGUGCCACGGAGGCUAUUGGCGAGGGUGAUGGAGUGGUGCAAUAACGGUGGCGACGGGGCGCAGAAGCUGGUGCGAUGGCUCAUGCGAUGGCGUUGGUGA